AUGGCUGUGUCCACACCCAUCGAAUCUACCUCGAGCAUGGCCAAAGACGUUGGAACCAGCCCAAGACAUUCUACAACCAUCGAAGACCAACCUGCUCGCCAAGGAGGGGAAGAGCUUUCCGCCUAUCCCAUUGGCAACGAAAAACAAGACCAAGGGGAUGCAGGGACCACGGAGGAGGAUGUUCGCAAAAUCACCGGGUAUCGUUGGUUCUUGGUCUGUUCGGCCCUAUAUCUGUCGGCCCUGAUGUAUGGACUUGAUACGACCAUUGCUGCAGAUGUACAGGGGGCAGUGAUUCAGAGGUUCCAUCAAGUCGAUCAACUCGCCUGGAUUGGGGCCAGGUUCCCUCUAGGAUCCGUCUCUGUCAUCCUUCCCUACGGAUUUCUUUUCACGACCUUCAACAUGAAAUGGCUUUACAUUGCAGGAAUUGCAUUGUUCCAGGGUGGUUCCGCUCUCUGCGGUGGUGCCCCGAACAUGGGCGCCUUGAUAGUCGGACGCGUGAUUGCUGGUGCGGGAGGGACAGGGAUAUACUUGGGUGGCCUAAAUCACUUCUCGGCUAUGACCACUAGAGCGGAACGUGGUGCAUACCUUGCUGGUACUGGCUUUGUCUGGGGCCUGGGUGCGAUCCUGGGCCCGGUGGUUGGCGGCGGUUUCUCCGAUUCCUCCGCAACCUGGAGAUGGGGAUUCUACAUCAACUUGAUUAUUGGUGCCAUAACAGCCCCGGUCUGCCUAUACUCUCUUCCAGCGAUUCAUCCAGCCCCAGGAAGAUCCCUCAGAGACCGGUUGCUGAGUCCAGACUAUGUUGGGUUUGUUCUGAGCGCAGGAAUGUGGGUGACCUUUGCUAUGGGAUUCAUCUUUGCCGGCGGUGCCUGGCAGUGGAACGACGGUCGUACCAUCGCAAUGAUUGUGGUUUGGGGAGUUCUUCUUGCUCUUUACGCCAUACAACAAGGGUUUUGCAUCUUUACGACUCGCGAGGGCAGAUCGUUCCCCGGUCACUUGCUCAAGUCCCGGACUCAGGUCCUGUUCUACAUCACAACCACUUGUGCCAAUACUUGCAUGUUCUUCACUACGUUCUAUAUCCCGAUUUACUUUCAGUUUACUCGGAACGACUCGUCACUCAUGGCUGCGGUACGAUUGCUCCCUUAUUUACUAUUCACGAUCACUUUCAACCUGGCUUCUGGCUGGGCGCUCCCGAAGAUCAAGUAUUAUAUGCCGAUGUGCUUGGUGUCUGGGAUCUUGAUGACCAUUGCUGGCGCACUAUUUGUGGCUUAUCUCUCUCCAUCGACGCCGGCUGCUCAAAUUUACGGUUUCAGCAUUCUGAUGGGAGUCGGAACGGGCAUAACCAUGCAGCUGGGAUACUCUGUGGGCAGCCUGAAGGUCAAGCCCACUGACAUUCUCAGCGCCAUCAACUUGCAGAAUGUCGCGCAGAUUGGAGCCACUGUGAUAUGUCUCGUGAUUGCUAGCCAGGCAUUCCAGUCAAAUGCCGUGAAAAACCUGAAUCAUGUUUUGGCCGGCCAGGGAUUCAGUCAGGCUGAGAUUCAUGGUGCUGUCGCAGGAGCUCAGAGCACGCUGUUCGAAAAGCUGGAUGGUGAUCUACGGAGUGCGGCUAUUCAAGCAAUUACAUCGGCGAUGGCACGAGCCUUUGUUAUUCCGCUUGUCGCUGGCGCAGUUGGUACCAUUAGUUCUUUGCUGAUGAGCAGAGAAAGACUUUUUGCUUAG